AUGUUCUUCACUCAACUGAUCCACUCUGUGGUAUUGCUGGCUCUAGCUACACCCAAUCUUUCAUCCGAGGAAUCAAAAUGGCUGGAACAACGUGAUAAAAACACGGGCGCCGCGUUGAGAGAUAUCCUAAAGAGAUUCGAUAUCGGCAACUUAGACACAGACUCGUACCUGGAUAGUAUCCUAAGUGACGACGAUGCCCUUCCACGAAUUGGGAUUGCUAUCUCAGGCGGUGGUUAUAGAGCCAUGAUGAACGGUGCUGGUGCUAUCGCCGCGUUUGACAAUCGGACCACCGGUUCCAGCAGCAAAGGCCACUUGGGUGGCAUUCUUCAGGCUACGACAUACCUGAGCGGUUUGUCUGGAGGUAGCUGGACAGUUGGAAGCUUGUACACGCAAAACUUCACAUCGGUUGAGUCCAUCAUUUCUGCAAAAACUGGAUUUCUAUCGACUCUUUGGCAGUUCGAUGACUCCAUUAUCAAAGGUCCAGCAGGGUUAAGGCGGUCACAGUACUAUCGUCAGUUAUACCAGGAUGUGAACGACAAGGUGGACGCAGGGUUUAACAAAAGUAUUACCGAUUACUGGGGACGAGCUUUGUCGUAUCAGCUCGUCAAUGCAAGCGAUGGAGGACCAGCAUAUACAUUCUCAUCGAUUGCAAACGAUACCGAUUUCGCCACCGCAAAAACGCCAAUGCCCAUCAUCGUUGCCAUCGAACGGACAACGGGUCAAAUUCAAAUCGCCACUAACUCUACCAUCGUGGAAUUUAACCCAUGGGAAAUGGGCUCUUAUGACCCUGGCCUUUCUGCCUUUGCACCUCUGAAAUACGUCGGCUCGUCUUUCAAUAAUGGUACUCUCAAGCGAGGCAGCCAUUGUAUCGCCGGAGUCGAUAAUGUCGGAUUCGUAAUGGGCACAUCAGCGUCAUUGUUCAAUCAGGCUUUUCUACAAAUUGGAAAGGCCGACGACGCUCCAGACUUCUUAGUCAAGGCCAUCAAUAACACAUUGGCGGAUAUUGGCGAAGAGAAUAGAGAUAUCGCCAACUGGCCCAACCCAUUUUACAAAUACAACCCUAAAAACAAUUCCAACGCUGAAACGACGAUUUUGACACUCGUUGAUGGAGGAGAGGACCUACAGAACAUUCCACUACAUCCACUGCUUUUGUCAGAGCGAAAGGUCGAUGUCAUCUUCGCCGUUGAUGGCUCCGCUGACACGAAAACACGUUGGCCGAAUGGCACAGCUCUCGUAGCAACUUAUCAACGAUCCAAGGAAGGCACAUCACCACAGAAUAAUGAUUUCCCCGAAAUCCCAUAUCAGAACACCUUUGUCAACCUCGGCCUCAAUAAGCAGCCUACAUUCUUCGGCUGCGGUAACUCAACUGGCCCGCUAAUAAUUUAUCUCCCCAACGCGCCAUAUACGACCCAAUCCAACUUCACAACAUUUGACCUUGAAUACAGCGACACUGAUAGAAACAACGUCAUCCAGAACGGAUAUAAUGUCGCCACUAUGGGGAAUGGUACGGUUGUUGAGAAUUGGCCUGCCUGCAUUGGUUGUGCCAUUUUGGCAAGGAGCUUUGUUCGAACAAAGACCGCUGUACCAUCCCAGUGUGAAGAUUGCUUUAAAACCUUUUGUUGGAAUGGGACUUCGAAUGACACAGUGCCAGGAAUCUAUGAGCCAGAUCAAAUCAUUGAAAGUGGUGUGGGGGUUGUGGCACCAUUGAAGGGGGUAGCAGGUUUUGCUCUGUUACUGAGUUUCAUGCUUUUUUACAUGUGA